GCUUGAACAGUAAAAACAGCGGUGAAAACAGCGGACAAACAUGAGCGAGACAAUGCGAAUCUGCUUUUAAACCACAUUCCUAUUAUAGUCUGGUUCCGAUGGAUGCAGUGUGUGAGAAUCUGCAGGGAUGUCCGCGCAGGGUUUGCUGAACAGCGUCUUCUCCUGCUCCUCAUCGGGAAACUCUAAAACUCUCUCCAAGCGGAAGCUCCAGCAGACCCGCAGUCUGGACUCGGCUCUGACCUGGACCUGCGGCUCUCCUCCCAGGGGACACCCAACGGCUGCCCCGCGCUUCUUCUGCCGGACCUCGAGCUCCACAUCUGGGUUUAACAGCAGCCCGGACACCCCCGACUGCCCCUCCGCCGACCCCCGCCUCUCCUCCGCCAGUUUAUCCGCGUUUUCCGACGCCUCCUCCAUCUCCAACUCCAGCGGAAAACGGGAUUUAUCGCCUAGUAUUUCUGGAUCGAGCAACAUCUUUUCUCCGAGAAAGUGGCUUCAGAGGAGGCUGCCUCAGUCGGAUGCGGUUUCCCACAAUAUCUGCAAAUCUGAGGGAGAGUUCAGCUGUAGGAAAGCGUCCGCUCAGAAUCUCCUGAUGCAGUCGGUGUCCAUCCAGAGUCUGUCAGAGCUGGAGAGAGUGCGGCUGCAGGAGGUGUCGCUCGCCAGACUGAGUAAAGACUUCGACCUGGGAUGCCAGAUCACCAUCCCUAAAGAUGGCCAGAAGAGGAAAAAGUCCCUGAGGAGGAAGCUGGAUUCCCUAUCAAAGGAAAAGAGAGACAGAGAGUCUGAGCCGCAGGCGUUCGGUGUGCCGCUGUCUCAGGUGAUCUUCAAUGACCGGCGGCAGAAGCAGCAGCAGGAGGAGCGAGAGCAGCGAGGGUCUUCACUGCUGCAUCUCCACACACACGCGCGCAGAAACACCAGCAGAGAUCUGUCCAGCAGUAACUCAUCCCUCAGCUCAUCCUCAGAGACACACACUGACAACAACAACACACCACAAACACCCGAGACGGCGCUGCGCUCCAGACGACGGGGCGGUGUGUCUGUGGACUGCAUCACUGAUCUGGAUGACAGUGACUCUCGUCUGCUGGAGGCUCUUCAGCUCUCCAUGCCUGUGGAUCCCAGCAGCGAGAAGAAGAAGAAGAAGAAGAAAACCAGUGGAGAAAAACUGAGCCUGAACCCCAUCUACAGACAGGUGCCGCGUGUGCUGGACUGCUGCUGCCAACACCUGCACAGAUACGGUCUGCAGACGGUGGGAAUCUUCCGCGUCGGAAGCUCCAAGAAAAGAGUUCGGCAGCUGCGUGAGGCAUUUGAUCAGGGUGCAGAGGUGAUUUUAGAUGACCAUCACAGUGUUCAUGAUGUGGCGGCGCUGCUGAAGGAGUUUCUCAGAGAUAUGCCUGAUCCUCUGCUGACCAGAGAACUGUACGCCGCGUUCAUCAGCUGUGCAUCUCUAGAAAAGUCGGAGCAGCACAGGAUCAUUCAGCUGCUCCUUUGUCUGCUGCCCGCCUGCAACAGUGACACCCUACAGUGCUUACUGCACUUCCUGUCCACCGUAGCCAAUCACGCGGAGGAUUCCUGCGACGCACACGGAAACCAGGUGAUGGGCAAUAAGAUGACCUCGCUGAACUUGGCCACUAUAUUUGGGCCGAAUCUGCUGCACAAACAGAAGAGCUCAGAGAAAGAGUUCAGCGUCCAGAGCUCCGUACGGAUGGAGGAAAGCGCAGCCAUUAUCAGUGUGGUCCAGCACAUGAUCGACACACACCACACACUCUUCAUGAUCUCUGCAGAGCUGCAGAAUGAGGUGCUGCUCAGUUUGCUGGACACUGACAGUGAUGUGGUGGAUUAUCUGAUGAGGAGGAAAACACCACAGUGUGAAGACUCUGUGUGUUCGAGUGGUGAAGUCUCUCCGUAUGAUAAUAAUUCUCCGGUGCUUUCUGAGUGGUUUCAUCCAUCCGAUUCCAGUCUCGCAAACACACACCAUCAUCUUUCCACAAACAGCACUGUGAACUUCGGCCUCUCAGCGACACACACUGACUCUGGGGAAUCGUUGCAUGAUGAAGCUCAUGUCUGGCGAACAAGACACACUCUUCUGACGGGACUUCAUGACAAACUCCUCACAGGUUCAGAUGGAAACCUGUACAAACGCGCCUCAUCUGAGGUUUUCUAUGAUGACAAUUGUGACGCAAAGCCCGAAAUGCAGUCAUCCAGUUCAAAUCACCAAACACCUCAUCAUCCAAUCACAGCGAGCCACCAGACAGCACUUAGCCAAUCAGAGGAGGCCAAAGCUCCUGUCAGCCAAUCAGCAUCUUCCAGACGGGAUGACAGACUUUCUGCGGCAGCAUCCAUGAAGCCACGUGUCAAUUCGUGUCACGGUGCUCAGGGUACAUCUUCACACGUCGCGGUGUCCUCAAAAAGCUUGGAUCAGCAUCCAGAGUGGACCAACGAGAGAUGGCAGAUCUGGAAACUUCUGUCCUCUGACAAUAUAGACACACUUCCUGAGACCAUGGUGUAAAAACACAAGUUAAAGAGACCGUUCAGACCAAAAAAUGAUUAAUCUGUCAUCAGAAAAAGGUGUUUUUUUUAAAUAAUGUCCUGUAAAUUAGCAGUUUUCUGUAUUUUGUGAUUCAUGUUUUUAUUUUUCCCUCUUUAUUUAUGCUUCUGAAUUGCAUUAUGGGAUCUUGAUCUUCCUUCCAGCAACUUUUAAUCUUGAAAAGUUGUAAAAAGUGACUUUU